UUGAAAUCGGAUAUCCGAUUUUAUCGGAUAUCCGAUUUUCUGAGACUUUUAUAUUUAGACAGCGACAGUCCCGUGAGUCAUUUUUAACUCACGGGUCGUGCAAAUUUGUCAAAAUCCGAUAUCCGCUCCAUCCGAUAUCCGGUUUUUUGACAAAAAAUUGCUAAAAAAUUGAUUUAGAGGUAAGAAUUUUGUCGUUUUGAAUCAUUUUCAUUCAUUUUUUGUAUUUUUUGUGAAUGUUUAUUUGAUUUUUCAUUGAAAAUAUGGUUUUUUUUCAUGAAAACUAGGUUUUUUUAAAAUCAAAUACCUAAUUGUUUAAAUUUGUUAACUAAAUUUAAUUGUUUACAUUCAAUUAGGUUAAAAAUGGGAGAUAACAAUGAAAACACUGACCAACCACAACUACAACAACCAAACCCUCAUUUGCCAAACCCCCCCUCAAUUCAAGAUUUGAUUGCACAAAAUUUGAAUGAAUUGAGGGGGAUUGCAGAAGUAUAUCGUAGGAUCCCUCGUCUAAACCCAUUGUUUGAUCCUCUCACGUCGAUCGUAAAAAGUAUGGAAACCAUGACUAAGGAGCACGAUGCCACCCUUUUGUGGCGAGAUUCUAUGAAGGAAAAAUAUGCAGAUGGCUUGUUGUAUAAGGAUAUCAAGGAUCUUGAGAUAUCCAAAGCCGAAAUCCCCUCAUUGUUUGUCAAUCCCCAUACUGGUCAGCCUGUAGAUCCCAAAAAAAUAAAACUUUCUAUCAAAUGGUGCACAAAUGAUGGGAUUGUGAAAAACUUUUGGGAUCGUUGGUGGAUGGUUUUCGACAAACCACCCAACAACAAUCUUGAUAUCCCCUUCUAUUUCAUAAAAAAAUUGUAUCCUGAGUUUGUUUUACAGAAACAUGUGAACUACUUUGACAUCCAACCUUUCCAGGGUGUAGGUUUAGGUAUGCCCCAAAAUAGACCUGGGGCAGUUAGAGUAGUCCAAGGCCCAUAUGUCCCCCCUCCUCCUGUUGAUCCCCCACCUGCAGUUCAGCAUCCUGAUAUCAUUUGUGAGGCGGCUUCACGGACCAUAUCGGCUAUUCACUCUUUGAGUAGCCUUUUGGUUUCUCAGGCUGCGUCAGUAGCUCAGCCUACUUUUGAUGGUAGCGGUGCAUCAGGUGGUGCUGACACGUCAUCCUCGACUCCACACAUAUGUGUGCCACAUAGUUGUGUCAUGUGUGGGCACGUAUGCUUGGGUCCAGUUGGACAGCCCGUUGAUCCUGCUGUGGACAGUGCAGAUUACGAGGUGCAUGCGAUGCAUGAUGCACCAGAGGUUAUUACACAGACUGGAGGAUACAUUGGGGAGUCCUCACAUGCUAGAGGCGAGGAGGCACCGUCAUCAUACAUUGAUGAUGUAUUGUUGAUGACCGAGGAUGAGUUGAGACAGAUUCAGGAAGGCACCUUGUCGGCCAUUUCAUUUGGCCUCGAUAGCUUGACGGGCACAAGCAGCACAAGUGUGGUGCAGUGUGAUCUAGGAUCUGGUAGUGCAAUUGGAGACAAGGGAAAGAGAAUCCUUGGCUUCACAUCCUUGAUGACUACACCCGAUAUACCUGAAGAAGAAGAAGAGAUGCCUCGAGUAGAUGUUGUUUAUGAAAAUAUUCAAAACAUACCUCCUCUACCGAAGACAUACAUCAAGAGUCCUGCAAAGCUGAAGAGAAAACGUGGAGAUGAGGAUCCUUCAGAGCCGAGCAGUGUGGCGAAGAGGAUCGAUUUUGAUGAUCCAUCAGCAGCUUAGGAUGUUAUAGAUAGUUUUGGGAUGCUUACAUGUCUAGUUGGCAUGUAUAUUUUGUAUAUGGACAUACAUUCACGUAUUUAGACAUACAUUUUGUUUCAGUUGGUGUUUAUGCCAUAUUUGUGUAUGGACAUACAUUUGUAAUCAUUCGACAUUUUUAUAUAUACAUAAGUUGAUAUUCGAU